CUAUAACGGCCAAGACCAGCAAGCCCUGCAACAGAUUAUAACAUCUUUAUCUUAUUGCUUAGUUUUGAGGGGCGCCACACGCAUAUUUGAGCACUUGUAGCAGCCAUGGGAGAGCGUAAAGUGCUCAACAAGUACUACCCGCCGGACUUCGACCCGGCCAAGCUGCCCAGGGGCAAGCGGCGGGAGACGAAUGAGAUGAAAGUGCGCAUGAUGCUUCCCAUGUCCGUGCGCUGCAAGACAUGCGGCACAUUCAUGUACAAGGGCACCAAGUUCAACACGCGCAAGGAGGACGUAAUGGGGGAGAACUAUCUGGGCAUCCAGAUCUUCCGGUUCUACUACCGGUGUAAAAAGUGCUCGGCAGAGUUCUGUAUGAAGACGGACCCCAAGAACGCAGACUACGUGCUGGAAGGCGGCGCAUCUCGGAAUUACGAGCCAUGGCGUGACGAGGAAGCGACGAAAGCAGAAGCAGUAAAAGCGCGAGAAGAGGAGGAGAUGGGCAAUGCCAUGAAGGCCCUGGAGAACCGCACGCUGGACUCCAAGCGCGAGAUGGACAUCAUGGCGGCCUUGGACGAGAUGAAGGCGCUCAACGCGCAGCACGCCAAGGUGACCACGGAGCAGGCCAUCGCGGCGCUGCACGUGGCGGCGGCGCAGCAGCACCUGGACGACGAGGACGCUGAGGACGCCGCCGCCUUCUAUCAGCUGCGGGCACAGGUGGCCACGCGGCGCCUCAGCGACAGCGAGGAGGACAGCGCGGGUGAGGGUGGCGGCGGCGCAGGCGGGCGGCCAGGGCCGGCGGCAUCGGGCCGGAGAGCGGGUGGUCUGGCCGGCGGCGGCGGCGGUAGCGGAGGCAGGGGCGUGGGCCCGUCAACGUCGGCGGCGGCAGGCGCUAGCGCAGGGGCAGGAGGUUCAGGGACAGCAGCGGCGGCGGAGCUGCAGACGCUGGACCAGAUGAAGGCUGAGGCUGAGGCGGGCGGUAAGCCCGCGAGCGGGCCGGCGGCGGGGCCAGCGGCUGCGGCAGGGUCGGCGGCGCGGUCUGCGCCGCCGGCUCCAGCACUCAAGCCCGCCAUCAAGGUGUUGGUGAAGCCGAAACCGGCGGCUGCAGCAACGGCCAAGCGGCCAGCGGAAGCGGAGGCGGGCGGGAGUGAGGGGGCAAAGAAAGCCAAGGCGGAGGAGGCCCCCGUGGGGCUCGGCUUGCUCGGCCAGUACAGCAGUGAUGAGAGUGACUCGUGAGCACUUGGGCUUUUCAACGGCACUGAUGACGUUUGCAUAUGUGUGUAUGUGUCUGAUGUUGCCGUUUGUGUGGCUGUUUCAUGUGCACAAAGCCAGGGAAGGCCUGGCAUCGCAGGACGGAACGAGGGGAAAUGAAGGGACGUAUCUUUGGACGUAUCAGCAACGGAAGGCGAAUGGCCAGCUCGUCAAAUCGAAAUGCUCGGCUGGGAACGGACGAGGUGAUUGCGAGCGAACCUUGUGGGUACGGUUCAGGGCGGGAAAGCUUGAUGGACGGGUAAGCUUGAUGGAAGACAUCCCCCGGAAGGAAUCCACUGGCAGGUUGUCGCGUCCCGGCCUCGUCCUGAUGGGGACUGAACUACUCAAAUGAGCCUUCCUUUCAUUAUUCAAGGUAGUCCGUUCACGCCACGAAGCCUCAGGGACGGAACUGCGGCGCGAGUUGCGGUCAAUGCGCAGCUUUAUCAUAAUGUCCUUCAAUACACUUAUACACUUGCGUUUCCAACUCAAGUCCAUUAUACACGAACCGCAAUACUAUUCAUCAUU